UCGUUUUGCUAAUUUUCAGGGCUUUGCAUCUGACUUGCAAAUCACAGACAUCAACAUAUCAAGAAACUCCGAAGGAAGCCAUAUAAUUAGUGCUGUCAAUACAAAUAAGAUAUCUGAGACGAUAAAUUUUGAAAUUCAAUAUACAUUGAUGUGAGCAAUUUAUCUCGCAAUGGAAUCGAUGUUUGGCCGAUCUUACUGUUGUCCUACAUAGGUACAAAAAGUUUUGUGUUUGAACAAAAGGAACGAGAUCAUGGGAAAAUUCUCAAAAGAGAAAACGGAAUUAAGAUCAGCCAAGAGAGCAGAUGUUGACCAAACCACGCCACAGCAAGAUGCCAGUUUGGCCAAUGUUAAAGAAUUAAAAUUAUACCGGACAAAGACGGAGAGGUGGAGAAGACGAAAGACAAGGACGUUGCCAACAUGUCUAAGAAUGGCAAAACUGGUUUAGACAAUGAAAAGUAUAAUUUGCUGCCAAGGAAACCCGUGCGACUCUUAACAUUCACGGGUAACAAGGAAGAUGACUCAAAGCACAGUCAAAGUGUCAACUGCAGCCACCUAAAUGACAAUAAACAGUCGCUGCCAUCGACAGACACGGCAUCAAAAACAAUAGAAGAAAAGAAAAACAGUUUGAGUGAUGGAAAGAAGAAUGUUUGUCAAUCAUACAGACGACAUUUCUAUGACGAUGAUCAUCCAUAUGAAGAUCCAAACGUGUUCAUAUGUAAUGCUGAAAAGCCACUCGCGAAAAAGCAAAAUCAUUCUAAAGAGUAUAACGACGCCAGAGGCAAACAAAAAAAGAUGAAUGAACCGCCAACAAGUCCUGUUAGCAUAAAAUCCGGCAUUAGUAAAUCGACAGAAAGUAUUAAAGCAGCAGUAAAAGGUUUGAAAGAAAGUCAUGCGUCGAUCAUGACCGACACAUCUACUGCUCGAAGCAUAUUUGCCGGUCUUGUAGCAUUAUUGCUUGCUCUUAUUGUGUUUCUUGCUUUAUAUUUCUUGUUACAUUGUCAUGGUCUACUUGCUGUUACCAUCGCAAUUGUUGUUCACAGCGCAGUAUUCCUUUAUCUUGGUUUUCUGAAUGGCAAACGGAUUAAGUGUCUUGUGUUGCUUACUCUACCUAGUGUUUGUUCUCGAGGUGGAAGAUUUGCCUUAUAUGUACUGUUAGGAUAUUUUGUGAUCACUGGUCCUUUUUGUAAUACGGUGAAAAACCUCAAAAUCGUACGCAACACAAUGAAGUGCAUGGAACAAGAACAGGAGGUGGUAGCAUCACGACUCAUGAGACGAUUUAAAGUUGCACAAAAAUGUUUAUGGAAUGUUGAAGGAUCUAUUGUAUCAUUAAACAAGACGUUUCCUUAUGUACCAUGCCUUGUGGAAAGAUGUAUAAAAAUAAAAAGUAAAUUUAUACAUAUGUGUGAUUCUGACAAGUAUGCACUAUCCCCGAAGUUUUGUAAAGCAUCAGAGGGACUAUCUUGUUUUAAUGGAACAUUUAUAUAUGAAGGACGGUGCCAAGGUACAUCAGUGUAUUGUAUUCAUGAAUUCAACGAACUAUCCAAACUUCUGAAUGACAUCAGCAGCAACGAUAGCGAGUGUAGUUUCCUAGAAUUAUUCAGUCUAAUGUUUCCUCUUCUUAUUCUUUUGGUCUUUUACGAAGGUUACCGCUACGAGAUAAAGUACCGGACUUUCAACAACUUUAAUAAUUUCUUUCUCACGGGACAUUUUCAGGUAAUUGAUCAACGUCGAGCUUCGUGUGAUCGUGAAGCUGUCUUACCGUUACGUAAGGUGGAACUGAGGAGACAUGUUCGACCUCAAACUUUAUGUAACAUAACUGAAGAAGAGAAAAGCUCGUUAUAUAAAAUGUUGCAAACAUUUUUUAUUGUGUUGUUGCUUGUCUUGUUUCUCACUAUUUCCGAUCUAUUCUUGUAUUGCAAAUUCAACAAUGAAAAUGAUGAAUUCGUUCCACGGGAAAACUCCACUCAACCUACGUCGGAAUGGCUAGACUUAAAUGCUUUUGAUGUAAAUGCUACAGAUAUUGGCAACUCAACAAUUCAAAAAACCAAUACAACAUCAGUACUCAUGAAAACAUCUUCAAAUAAAAAACACGACGCGUGUUGGGCGGAAGUAAAAGCUCCUGGUUUAACAAGCAAAGUAUUUCUUCCACUUGUCAUAUCACUUUUGUUAUUUCUUAUUCUUUUUGAUGGCUACGUGUCUAGGUUACGAUGGUACAUUUGUAGCAGAAUUUAUCCACAGCGAGAAAAGGAACGUGCAUUUUAUCUUUAUAACAGGAUACUGGAAGAUCGCGUUCAAUUGGUUGAGCAAUGUCGAAAGAGAAUGAAAUCCUAUCAUCGUGAAAUGAAUUCUCUCAAAUCGUUGGAAGUGACGAGAAUACUCUCCAAACAGUCGCCUUGGUUUUCCAAGUUUCUUGAAAAAUGUCAUUUCAACCUUAGACGAUGUGUUGUGUGCAGGGACUGGGAGAAACCGGAAUUUAAAAUCUGUCAUGGACUAGAUUGUUUGGGCGUCUACUGCCUCACAUGCUACUUUGAUGUUGAUAAAAAAUGCCUGUAUUGUGACACAGAACUAAAAUAUAGUUUGUCACAAAAACUUGCUUCUGAAAGACAACAUUUAAGCUCUAAAGAAUCUCUUGUGUAGCAGUUUUACUUUAACAUAAUUUGCCAUUAGCUGCGCAUUGAAAAAUGCUCAGAAUGUCACGAAAAUGAAACAAACAUCGUCAUGUUAGACUAUAUGCUACAAGAAACUGUAUUUAAAUUUUUUUCGACGUUAUGUAUAAAUUCUUAAAUAUAUGUAUAUAUUGCGUAAAUGCUUCUAAGUAAAAAAGUCUAGUUAGUAUCUAGUAGGUUAUAACCACGAUUUGUCAAAAUAAUUUGGGUGAUGAAAAGAGGUCUAUGAUCACAAUACAGAAGAGAACAAGAACAGUUGAACAAAAGUCAGUGCAGUUCAACGAAAGAGUCAAAAAAAGAUUUCAUUGGCGCACCUAAACCAUCAUAUUUAAUUUACCAUCACAAAUGUUGUUUCAGUUUCGCCUGCAACUGAAAAUGUGUUUGAAUUUUAUUCCAUGGUCAAAUUCCAUUGAAUAUUCGUCAUGAAAAAUAUUCCAUUAACUGAUAAGAUCUAAUCGUGAUUAAAAUCAAGCAUUUACCAUUUA